AUGCUCGAAAAAUAGUAAGAGAGAGAAAAGCAUGAUAUUAGAGGAAAUUCAGUGACUAACCAUUAAACUGAUCAAAUAGUUUUAAAGGGUUAUGUUGAUAAAUAACAUGGUUGAUUAUUUAUGACAUAGUUAUCUAUAAGAUAUGUAAAUAUCAGUAUUCAAAGUGGUUUACGAUAUUUUAAUUAAAUCAAUCCAUAAUUGAAUAAUAAAUUGGUAUUUAAAUAUUUUAGAAAAUUAUUCCUUUAAAUUAAUUCACUUCUUAUAAAUUAUUAGGCAAGGUGAAAUAAAUUUUGGGGGAUAAAAAUAAGAAAAAGUACAUUUUUUAAGAAAGGGAGCAUGA